AUUUUUGUUUAUAUUGUGAUAAUAUGAAUAUCAACGAGUCAAAAAAUUUGGAAACGAAAAUUUGAUAUCCAAUAAGGUGAAAAUUAUUUAGAAUUUCUUGAAAAUUUUCUCUCUCCGUCUGUCUUAUCACCUAGUGACCUUAUCGUAUCGGACAGUGCCUGGUACUGUUUAUAGAUUGCGCAAGUGCCGCGUUGCUAUAGACAAAAACCUUUUAACCUGUGUACAGACAAACUUAAUCAGGAUUAGUUUAACCAGGUAAGCCACGGCGAAGGGCACCUUAGAGAAAAAAAAAGAAUAAUAAUAUCAAUAUUUAUCACUUUGACAACAAAUAUGUACCAAGUUAAAUUUUCAAGAUUAUUCACAUUAUCACUGUUUCCUUUUUAUUCUAUCUCACCGAUGAUGGGAUUUCUAUUGAAGGAAUCUUGUUUACCAACUUAUCAUGACCAGUUUUGAUUUAUCACGUGGAUAACAAGAGAAAAGAAAGAGAAAGAGAGAGAGAGAAAGGUCAAGGAAAAUAGACUCUUUAGAAGAUAAAGGAACCACAGUAAAUUGGAAUUAGAUGGUACAAUUCAUGGUUUGGACGUUAUCUACUUCACAGGCAUUCUAUUUUUAUCUUUGAGAGGUUGUUUUUAUUUUUCUCAACUUAAAUGCUUUUCAGUUGAGAAAAUUGUUUAUUUGGUAACCUGUGAGGUAAAAAAAUACCUUAGGAAAUAAUUCCCAAUUGGCGAGAGUACAAUUUCAAAAUUGCAAAUUGUUUUGAAAAUGAAUCUUUAUUAAAUUUUUUUUUUUUUUGAUAUACAACAGAUAACAGAUUUUAGUUUAAAAAAUCAUAAUGCAAAAAGUAAUAAUUGAUUUUCAUUUUAAAACUUGAUUUUGAAAAGAAAAAAAAAGAAAAAAAUGGGUGGUACGUGCUCGUGUCGUGGUCGUGAGAAUCAGGUGAAUUCUGGUUCAAUUUUAGAUCGUGUUAUAAGUCAAGCGGGCAAUGAGGAUCAAUGUCUUCUUUAUCGAUUGGCUAAUUAUAAAAAAGGAGGUGAAUUAAUUGAAUCAUAUAAUCAAGGUGGACAACAGGAAGUUGAACGUGUAAUGAGGGAACAAUUUGGAAUAUUAAUGUACGCCGAUGGUAAAGGUCAAACGAUUAAUCGCGCUGAAUAUCUAAGAUGGAAAUUUCGAGAUCAGGAUCAAGUGAUCUUGCCAAUUGAAGCAUCAUUGUCAAGAUUUGAUCCCCUCUCACAAUGGAGUGAUCAUGAGGCAUGCUGGCAAAUGCAAUACAGAGGGUCAUUGGGAGAGAGUUUGCUUCAUGUUCUGAUCAUCUGCGAUUCGAGAGUACACACUAGAAUAGCUCGUACUUUACUAAAGUGCUUUCCCCGUUUGGCUAUUGAUGUUGUUGAAGGAGAGGAAUAUCUUGGUGCAAGUGCACUUCAUCUUGCGAUUGCGUACAAUAAUAAUGAAUUGGUUCAAGAUUUGGUGGAAGCCGGUGCAAUAGUGAAUGAGAGAGCAACGGGUAGUUUCUUCUUGCCCAGGGAUCAACAGAGACAUCGACCUGCCAAGAACACUGAUUAUGAGGGUUUAGCUUAUUUAGGUGAAUAUCCAUUGGCAUGGGCUGCAUGCUGUGCUAAUGAGAGUGCUUAUAAUCUUCUAUUGGAUUCGGGAGCCGAUCCUGAUGAGCAGGACUCCUUUGGAAAUAUGAUAUUGCAUAUGGUUGUCGUUUGUGAUAAGCUGGAUAUGUUCGGUUACGCUUUACGACAUCCAAAGUUGCCUGCUCGCAAUGGGAUCGUGAAUAGUGCUGGGCUAACUCCGCUGACACUCGCAUGCCAGUUGGGACGUGCUGAAGUCUUUCGUGAGAUGCUGGAGCUGUCUUGUCGAGAGUUCUGGAGAUAUAGUAAUAUCACUUGCUCGGCAUAUCCGCUCAACGCACUCGACACGCUGCUGCCUGACGGAAGGACGAAUUGGAAUUCUGCCUUGUUCAUCAUUCUCAAUGGAACAAAGGAAGAACAUUUGGCUAUGCUUGAUGGUGGCAUCAUACAGAAAUUACUCGAGGAAAAGUGGAAGACUUUCGCUCGGUUGCAGUUUCUAAAACGUCUGAUUAUCCUGAUCUUUCACUUGGCAUCGUUGUCUCUGGCCGUUUAUUUACGACCAGCGGAAAUUGAUGCUCAACUUCUCAAGUGGCCAGAGGAAAUAACGGACGUGGGACGUACUAUUGCCGAAUGUAUUACAGUCGUUGGCGUUUUGGGCUAUAUUCUGGUUCAGUUGGGUGGUGAAAUAGUCAACGUUGGACUUCCUUCUUUCUUAAAACAGCUAAGUCAUGAGCCAGCAAAAUUUAUAUUUCUUAUCAGCAACUUGUUGAUACUGGCCUGCAUUCCCUGUCGUUUGUCCGGGAAUCGUCUUGCUGAAGAUGCUAUAUUGAUAGUAGCAGUUCCAGGUUCCUGGUUUCUAUUGAUGUUCUUUGCAGGAGCAAUUCGAUUGACUGGACCAUUUGUCACAAUGAUCUACAGUAUGAUCACAGGAGAUAUGCUAACAUUUGGAAUCAUAUACACGAUUGUAUUAUUUGGAUUUUCACAGUCGUUUCACUUUCUUUAUAAAGGAUAUCCAGGGGUGAAGUCAACCCUCUAUUAUUCUUAUCAUUCAACUUGGAUGGCACUGUUUCAGAUAACCCUCGGUGAUUAUAGUUAUUCGGACUUGAGCUAUACGACCUAUCCCAAUCUCAGUAAAACUGUUUUUGCCAUUUUUAUGGUUCUCGUGCCAAUUCUCUUGCUCAACAUGUUGAUUGCCAUGAUGGGAAAUACAUACGCUCAUGUUAUCGAACAAAGCGAAAAGGAAUGGGUCAAGCAGUGGGCUAAAAUUGUCGUCUCACUGGAGCGUGCAGUGUCUCAAAAGGAUGCACAGAACUAUCUACAAGAAUACAGCAUCAAACUUGGUCCAGGAGAUGAUCCUAAUAAUCCGGCAUCCGAACAAAGGGGAGUCAUGGUGAUUAAAAGCAAAUCCAAGACUAAAGCAAAGCAAAGAAAGGGCGCCGUUUCCAAUUGGAAGAGGGUUGGUAAAGUAACCAUAAACGAACUGAGGAAACGUGGGAUGACCGGAGAGGAAUUACGGCGCAUUAUGUGGGGACGUGCGUCCUUUUCUACUCCUGUUCGAGCAAGUUUAAAUAUUGACGACCCUGGAAUAAUGCAAGGAGGAGUUUUUGGCGAUGCAUUAACAGCAGCCUUGGAUGUAAUGGCUUUUUCACAUGAUCUUGAAAUGACACCAGGAACAAAUGAUGCAACAAAUAUCAUAAAUCAAAAUUUGAAUUUGCUAACUGCACCUUCGCAAGUUACAUCAAAUGGUCAAAUAAGAACAAUGACUAAUGAUCGGCAAAUUGAGACGAUUCCAAUUCAACAAAGUGUCCAGAAUUCAAUUAUUCAAGUCCAAACUCAAGAUACUACUGUUAAACCUAUGGCGCCAACAAUUGGAAAUGCCAUGAAAUUUCAACAGAAUCCAGUGAAUCGCUUUGGUGUGAUCAUUGAAGCAGAUAAGAGUUCAGGUAUAGAAGAGAAUCCCGACCCCUUGCUGGCUCUAGUAAUCACUUCAGAGGUUGAAGGCUCCAAUCCGAAAACUUUGCUGAAACUCGCGGAAUCCUCACGACUUUUGAGCGAAGCUUCACUAAAACCAGUGAAACCCACUAUCGAUCCAACUAUUUUGGAAGGAUUUUCCAUUACCAACGUAGCCAUUGCCGCCACGAUGAAAUCUACCCUCAUCAGGAAGCAAUACUUCAUCGAGUCGAGCGAUAAUGACGUUUGCGGAAAUGACUAUCUGUUGGGCACGGAAGCUCGUCUUCGUAGGAUCAAGUCUGCCAAUAGUAGAUAUGUAACGACAAAAAGGAAAUCCGGACAGGAUGACGACAGUUCCUCUUCCUCGCCAUCCGUCGAGAACAAUUCCGGAUACCAUCUCCUUUUGAACGAGCCAGAAGAUAUUUCUAGUCAACAGGCAAAACCGUCACUCAAACUCGAUUCCAAAUCAACUGAAACGAUCAGCAAAAAUCAAAAUGGCAAAAGUCACAAACGCAGACCUAAAACUGCUCGAAAUAGAAUAUCACCAAAAGAAACUAGUCAGUCAGAAUCGAAAGAGAUAAAGAAAGAAGAAUCUCUUCCAUCGUCUCCCACUGAUCCUUUAGAACCAUGGAGCACUCGAGGCAUCACUGAUAUGAAUACCAUUCUUGCUUGGAAAGAGACAACACCCGAUAGUCCUUAGUAUAUUAUUUUUAACAAAAGGAACAAAUUUUUCACAAUAUCUAUAUUGUAAUAUUAUAAUGGUCUUUCUGUCUAAAAUAUAUCUUUCAUAAAUAGUAAAUGAAAAAAAACUAUUUUCUGCUUAAAUAAAUAAAUCUUGUUGAAUUUCUCUUUAACAGAGAAAAUGAAUAAUUAAUUAUUAUUAAAAAGGGUCAGUUUCGUUCUAUUUUCAAAAAGAAAUUAACAGCGUAUACGAUAAAUGUGGUGAUAUUUAAUAGCACAAAUUUUCAAAAUUUAUGCAUUUAAAUUAAUAGUGACUAUUAAAUUGAAAUUUACGAAUAUAAACGCAAAUAAAUGUAACAUUACUAAAGUUUCAUGUUCUGAAAAUGAUUCUGUAAAUAUGUAAUUUGAAAUCAAAUUUGUUGAUUUUGAAAUUAACACAAAAACUGUUUUUAACUAUUUGUCGAAAAAACUUAAUUAAAAUCAAAAUAAUUCCCAUGGUGAAUUUUUUGCCUUCUCAUUUUAAUGACAGUAAUUUUUGUUUCAGGAAAUUUAUCAUUUUUACUAGCGAUGUAUUCCUCGCUCGCUAACGCACGCUCGGUUAAAAUUGUAC